AUGAUUGAUCGUAUCAGAAAAUGUUUAUUCACUAUCAAGUCAUUUUGUUUUGUGAUAGCAAUUAUCUUAUUGACAACAUGGAGUUAUUAUUAUUAUUUCAUUCGUAUAGAUGUUAAUGAAAAUUAUUCAAGAUCCUUAUCGAUUAAAGGUAACUUCACGGAUGACAAGAUACACAUUGCUAUUUUAAUUGAAGGUGGACGAAGCCUCUUAUACGCAGAAAUUCUUAUUAAAUCCCUUUUAUACUAUCAAGAAAGAUUUCGUUAUGAAUUUAAAAACUGUUGUGUAUCCGAUCUCUGUGAUAGAUUCAGAGAUAAUUCCUCAAGUUCUGGAGAUAGAAUGUUACAUAUUUAUCCAACUGUAUUUCAUAUUUUAACCAAUAAUAAAUCAAAUAGUAAUUUGACAAAUUCCUUGAAUAUGUGGAAAUUGCCUAACGUGGAAUAUUAUUUUUAUGAAUGUAACACAUAUUUGGAGAAACUUCAAUGGAUCGUAUCUAAGCAUCCUGCAGGUGCAAAGCCAUUUGUAAAACUAUUGCUUCCUGAAAUUCUUCCAUCUUCUGUAAAUAAAGUCAUUGUACUUGAUCUGGACAUGCUUCUUAACACUAAUGUUGUUGAACUAUGGAACAUUUUUGAAAAAUUUCAAGAAACCCAGAUGAUAGGCAUUGGGUUGGAACAAAAUCCGUAUUUUCAGGAAGUAAUGAAGAAUUUAGUCAGUGACUGGCAAGGUUACGGAUAUAAUGGUGGAAUUUUAUUAUUCGAUCUCUCAAAAUUACGUUCAAUAAUGUGGAACGAGAUAUGGUUAAGCAUAACCGCACACUUGAUGCGAAGUAAAGGAUACCUAAUCACAGGAGAGCAAGAUGUAAUGAAUAUGGUCGUGUUCAAAUAUAAAGAUCUUCUGUAUGAAAUUCCCUGUGAAUGGAAUGUUCAAUUAAGUGCUGGUUCAGAACCUCAAAGAUGUCCGGUUAGUUGGUUAAGUUACGCAGAAUUACGAAGACGUAAUUACUCUACAAUUAAUAAGCAGCCGAAAAUUAUCCAUGUUAACCAUCAUAUAAAACCGGAAGAUAAAUAUUUUCCAAGACCUGUAUCUACCAGUAACAUCGACCAGUCGGAUGUAAUACUUGAGCAACAUGAAAUUUAUUACAAAUUCAGUUCAGUAUAUUACAAAUUUCGUGAACUUAAACGAGAGUGUUUUCAAUAA